UAAUUCAUGAUCAUCAAAAAGACAAAAAAAAAAGAUCGAAAUGGCUAGUGGAAGUGAGCGUGUGGUGGUCGUAGGAGUCGAUGAUUCAACUCAUAGCUACCACGCACUAGAGACAGCUCUCGAUCUCUUCUUCACACCUUUCAAAUCAAACCCACAAUUCAAACUCGUCGUCCUUCACGCCAGACUCCCCGCUACCUCCGUCCUCGGCUUUGCCGGACCCGGAACGGUCGAUAUAAUACCACUGGUGGAACAAGAUUUAGACAAGACUGCAGACUUGGUUAAGAAGAAGUGUACCGAUGUGUGCUCGGCUAAAUCCGUUGAGAUCACUUCGUUGGAGGUUGUAGAAGGAGAUCCCAGGAACAUAAUGCUGGAAGCAGCGGAGAGACACCAUGCAUCUGUUCUUGUUCUUGGGAGCCAUGGCUAUGGAGCUGUCAAGAGGGUGUUUUUGGGGAGCGUGAGUGACUAUUUAGCUCAUCAUGCUCAUUGCUCCGUUAUGAUCGUCAAGAAGCCUAAGGCUAAACAUGCUUCUAACGAUAAACACUAAUGAGAGAAAACAAGAUCUCUCUUCUGUUUAAUACGUUAUGUAACAUUUUUUAUUUGUUGAAUAACUUUAAAACUUGUAUACUCUUCUUCCCUAACGUCAAUAUGGUUAAUGUAUCUCUUCGCUCUAUUCACUAAAUUAACUGGUUCUUGUUUGUUUUA